AUGUUCGAUCUUGCGGAUACGGAGGCGGUUCGAGGAAAGGUGAUUGAAUGGCAUCGGAAGUACGGUGACAUUUUCUACACUAAGAUUGGCGGUACGGACUUCGUCUGGCUUUCCUCUCCAAAAGUGGUGAAAGACCUCAUGGAUAAAAAGUCUAGUGUGUAUUCUUCACGAUCCCCGGCUCCAUUAGCUCAGGACGUGGCCAGCGCCGGCCAGCGACAGUUAUUCAUGCCGUAUGGUCCAAGGUGGAGAAGCAUACGGAAGCAUAGCCAUUCACUGUUGAACCUAUCCACGAGUAUCAAGUAUCAGCCUGUGCAAGAUUUCGAAUCCAAGCAGCUCUUAACAGAAUUCUUGGAUAGUCCAGAGAACUUUUACCAUAUUAACAGGAGAUACUCGGCCAGUGUGAUAAUGCUAGUCACCUAUGGAUAUCGCAUUCCAUCCUGGGACGACCCACUGAUAAAGAAAAUAUACGACAUAAUUGACAACUUCACAGAGAUGACUGCUCCAGGCGCUCAUGCCAUAGAUAGUUUCCCCUCUCUUGCUUUUCUGCCCGAGUGGCUCUUAGGAAAUUGGCGCACCUUUGGGCAACGGGUGUUCGAUCACGAUAGUAAGAUCUACCUUGACCUUUGGAAUCGUCUCAAGCGCGAAACCGAUGCAGGCCAAGCACGCGAUUGCUUCACAAAGACUUUCUACCUGAACAAUCCGGCCAAGAGCGGGAUCGAUGAUCUCUCAGCAGCAUACACAUGCGGGGGCCUCAUAGAGGCGGGUUCCGAGACCACAGGGACAACAUUGAACAACUUCAUUCUUUGUAUGGUCUUAUUCCCGCAAGCCCAGCAAAGAGCACAAGAGGAGCUGGACAAAGUCAUCGGAAGAAAUAGGUUACCAACUUGGGAAGACGAGCCGAAUUUGCCCUACGUUCGUAGCUUGAUCAAAGAGGUUUUAAGGUGGAGGCCUGUGAACAAAUUUGGGAUGACACAUGCUACCUCAGAAGAUGAUUGGUACGAGGGGUACUUCAUCCCAAAAGGAUCCGUCGCAGUUCUGAAUUGGUGGGCGAUUCAUCGAGAUACAAGACUCUGGAGCCAUCCAGACGACUUUGAUCCAGAUCGAUACCUUGAUAGGUGCCUUCCUGCAGCAGAUUAUAUCAAUGCUUCAGAUCCAUACACGCGUGAUCACUUUACGUAUGGUGCAGGGCGCAGAGUUUGUCCAGGUGUGCACGUUGCGGAACGCUCACUUUACAUAAACAUUUCUAGAGUAUUAUGGGGGUUCAACAUCGCGAAGAAGAUUGGUCCAGAUGGUCACCCGAUUGAGCCAUCACAGGUAAUGGUUCGGGGUUUCAUGUCAGUCCCUGAGGAGUUUGACUGCAAGAUCACGCCUAGGUCUGAACAGCACGUGAAGGUUAUGAGGCACGAUUUUGGUGAAGCCGAGCAGAAAGGGAUGGAAUUUUAG